CACGCGAACAGCGGUACGUCAAACGGCUUUUUGAUGAGUGUUGUCUAAAAGAAGUCAUGUCUGUCUAUUUACGGCUACAUAUAGUCACAUUUCGAACAGUCGAUGAAGGGAAAUGAUCGAUUGAAUCUCAUGAGUUUUAGUUGAACUUCUAAAUUACUGUUUGGCAAGAUUUUUCUAGUUUCUUCUUUCAAUCUGGACACUUGAACAAAUUGAAACGCGUUAACCAGUGGUUGAUUUAUUGUUUAAAAUGAAAUUUUCUUUUGGUUAUUCAGCAACAAGAUGCUCGGACAGCAUCCUCUCGAUUUUUAAAUUAAGUUUUUCAGCUCAAACACAAAUUGACGUUGUUUUAAAUUUCAAAUUUUAAAUUUAACUUAAAUUUAACUUCCCCUAUACAAUGCCAACAAACUAGCUGAACUAAAAGUUACAAACUUGACUUCAAAGUUUCUAUUGAGAGUAGCAAUUCUUUUUCUUUCAGUUAUUCUUGAAUGCGGAAGUUAAAGUUGUUGAGGCUCUUCAAGAUAUCUUAUCCCUUUCGUGAACGGUGGGAUUACAUAACGUUUGUUUCAGUUUUCAAGCCAGGUGUCUGGAGAUAAACAAGAUAUGGAAAAAUAGAAGCCACAUCUUCUCUUUCACUCAAAAGAGUUAUACCAAUCGCUAAUAGCGACUCACUAACAUUUAUUCGGAGUUAAACAACUGACAGACCACACGUGCUCUCGGACACCAGAAACUUAAAGUCGAUCUGUUAUUACAUGUUGCAAAUUUUGUGUUACAAAAUCCAACGUGAUUAGAAUGACAACAACGAUGACAUCAAAACCGUAUUUAUUAUUUAUUGAUUGCAAUGUGUUUACAUCUGUCAUUCAGUUCAGAACUCACAAUACUACGGCGUUUAAAUGGGUUUCAACGAUCAAUGAUUCCAAAAGUUGUCAAGAAAGACUUUGCAAAAGCUUAGCUUUCGCACCUUUUCGCCGAUGUUAUUGACCAAAUGCAAUGAUGACAGACACACUUUCCCUUGAGCUUGCCAAUAGGACUGAGGCCUUAGUUUGGACUGAAACAGUUUUGUUUGCUGUAACCAAUUUUGUGGCUGUCCUCGGAAAUCUUUUCACUUUUAACGCCGUGUACAGAAAGCGCAGGCUGCGAACAAUUCCCAACAUGUUCGUGAUAGCACUGGCUGUGAGUGAUUUACUGAUGUGUACCUGGUGUAUGCCUUUUACAGUUGACACUCUGUUCUACGGCCGGUGGAUGUUUGGCGAAAGAUUUUGUCUCUUCCAAGGUUUUGCAGCACUGACUUUUGGAAGUGUCGCCAUGGUUACCAUGAGUGUGAUUGCGGUCAACCGAUUCUUCUGCGUUGUAAAACCACAAAGGUAUCUCUUUUUGUUUAAGAAGCAAAGAGUGUUCAUAUACAUGGUCAUUGUUUGGAGGGUGUCUCUCGCUGGAUCUCUGUCCCCGUUUUUCUUUGAGGGCAAAAACAGCUUCAAAUUUCAGCCUGGAAAAGCAAUGUGUUUGUAUGCGUUUGAAAGUAACAUGGCUUACACUGUAACAACCGAAUGUCUUUACAUCGCAACACCCUUAACAAUCAUCACAGUCUGCUAUGUCAAAGUGUUCCGUGCAGUUUCAAGAUCAAAUCGCGUUUUUUCUUCAGACUGUAACCCCUGUGAACUCCGUGCGAAUGUGGAAGAAGCGAAAGUGACGAAAACUUUAGUAGCAGUUCUGUUUGGCUUCGCAUGUUGUUGGCUUCCUAUCUCUGUCAUGGACAACGUGGACGCCGGGCGCGGAGAACCCACUAUACCACGACAGGCUUACCUGACGUACGCGUUCUUGGUCUAUCUGAGUAGCACCAUCAACCCCUUCAUUUAUGGCAUCAUGAAUAGACAGUUCAGGCGAGAGUACAAGAUCCUCUUGCGCAAGAUUACUUACUUUCGGCGCCAAAAUAGCAGCAACAACAACAGCAGCCACAGCACUGAGUGAGCUGCUUGAAUUGUUUUCAUCUUCCCCAAUCUUAAAGAGUUUCACAAGCAUCCCAACAAAAUGAGACCGAUAAGUGACCUUGCAAGUUCAAUGUUAAAGCCGAAGAUUUUCCCUCUCUGAAGUCUAGCUCUCAAGGCAAUUUUUUUAUUUUAUGUAGUUGCAAAACUCGUAGUAACAAAGGAAAAGUCAUAAUUACAUUUACGUUUUCUUCGCGACAUUGUGUUUCCUCGUUGCAAUUUCUUUCAGAGCAAAGCCGAUUCAGAUCAAAAGAGACCGUCUUUAACGACAAAGAGUGUUAUCAAAAAUAAACAAACUUCUUAUACAACGAAAGACAAGUAGACGAUCGUUAUUUUAAUGAGGGCGAUUCUAUCUUACAUGUACAUUAAUUUCAACAUUAAAACUAUAUUUGAAGCUCAAUUUCAAAUUGUUUUUGUCUGUGAUCUUUGCGUUUUUCUCAUUUAUUUCCAACCAUUCCCAUUUUCACUUACUCAAAAAUUUAUUUUGUUACAAUUAGUAGAAGUGAGUGGUUAUAAAAACUGACAACAAAGACGAAAACAGCGGUGCCGCAGUGUGGCACAGGAAUUCAUCGACUGAGCACAAACAUAUGAAAUAUUGUGCACACAGUGUGACUGAAAAAAUGAGUGGAAAGUUUCUAUUGGUCAGCUUGUUUAGCAUGCGUGGAAAAUUAUUAAAUUUCGUAUGCGAUCAAGAUUAAAAAAAGCUUAACUUAAUUGUAUUUUAUUUUGAUCGGCAUAUAAGACCGCGGAAGUCAAGUGUCAGUGAAAUUUGAUGUUUGCACCAACUCACGUUUCUGCUUGCUGCUUAAAAAGUUAACUCAAAACUGUAGCGGAUGUUGCCUAAACAUCUUGUUUCUAAAUAUUCACGCGAAAAAGUCACCUCAACAUCCUAGAUGGUUCUGUCAUGUAAUCACAAAUAAGGUUUGUUAGGAGGAAGUAACUCUAUGUUGAAAUGUUGAGCAUUUGAAUGAAUAUUGAGCAGGUUUCGGUACGGUGAUUUCUUACUUAAAACAACAAUUGCUCCUAAAAGUGGAUAAUGAUGAUGGAGACCACAUGGAAACUCAAAUAGUCUUUCCCUGAGCCGCGAU